UAGCUAGCAGCAGCACAUUCCACAAUCUUUCUCCCCUCUCGCUCUCUCCACCAAGCAAGAACUCGGACCAGCCGCCGCCGAAUCCGCCGAACUCGGACCAAGCAAGAAGCUCCAAUGGCUGCCAAGUACAUCGUCGGCGGCCUCGUUGGCUCCUGUGUCAUCUCGUACGCCUGUGACUACAUCGUUUCUCAGAAGAAGAUCUUCGGUGGCACCAUCCCAGGGACCGUCUCGGACAAGGAGUGGUGGAAGGCUACAGAGCAGAGGUUCCAGGCCUGGCCCCGUGUCGCCGGACCACCGGUCAUCAUGAACCCCAUCAGCCGCCAGAACUUCAUCGUCAAGGACCUCAACCGCUGAGGCCCUAGACCUUAAGGUUCGCGGUCGUUCGGAAGCUUUACCCUGAUGGCGAUGUCUCUUGCUGCAACCUACCUAUAUGUGCUGGCUGCGCACUCUGAAGGCUAUUUUGUCUGUCUAAAUAAUUGAAACAACACUAUUGUGUAGGGCACCGUGGUUUUAUUUCUUCUGAAGAACAGAAGAGAACCGAACCUGAAGCAUAUUUGCUUUGGCCUUUUUGUCAUCUGUCCUUUGCAUAAACAUUUGUUUACUUUCGCAUUGCACUUGUCACAGCAGCAGCAUCGUAAUUCAUGCUUCACAGAUUUA